AACGGGCGGCUCUCCCGGAAGGGGCGGGGCGGCGCGGAGAGCAUUCCGGGGCGGCGGGCGGGGAGCGGCGCGAUGCUGGCGCAGGCGGCGCGGCGAGCCGGGCCUGGGCUGCUGCGGCGCGCACCAGUGCUGAAGCGCCCGGCGUGGCUGGCCCCGGCCCCGCAACGGCUGAACUCCGGGCUGCCCGUCAAUAUCGGCGUGCUGUUCGUGCCGCAGCAGGAGGCCUGGGUGGUGGAGAGGAUGGGCAAGUUCCACCGCAUCCUCGAGCCUGGUUUGAAUUUCCUCAUCCCUCUGCUGGAUCGGAUACGUUAUGUGCAGAGUCUCAAAGAAAUCGUCAUCAAUGUCCCAGAGCAGUCAGCUGUCACCCUAGAUAAUGUCACCCUGCAGAUUGAUGGAGUGCUCUACCUGCGUGUCAUGGAUCCCUACAAGGCAAGCUAUGGGGUGGAGGAUCCCGAGUAUGCUGUGACCCAAUUGGCCCAGACCACGAUGAGAUCUGAACUUGGCAAACUUUCCCUUGAUAGAGUCUUCCGGGAACGUGAGUCCCUCAAUGCCAACAUAGUGGAUGCCAUCAACCAAGCCUCAGACUGCUGGGGUAUCCGGUGUCUACGUUAUGAGAUUAAGGACAUUCACGUGCCCCCACGUGUGAAGGAAUCUAUGCAGAUGCAGGUGGAGGCAGAGCGACGGAAGCGGGCAACAGUGCUGGAAUCAGAGGGGACGCGGGAGUCUGCUAUCAACGUGGCUGAGGGGCAGAAGCAAGCCCAGAUCUUGGCGUCAGAAGCUGAGAAAGCCGAACAAAUCAACAAAGCUGCUGGAGAAGCCAAUGCCAUGUUGGUCAGAGCUAAGGCCAAGGCUGAGGCCAUUCAGCUUCUGGCAGCUGCUCUCGCACAGCAGCAUGGCAGUGCAGCAGCCUCUCUCUCUGUGGCUGAGCAGUAUGUGAGCGCCUUCUCCAAGCUUGCCAAAGAUUCCAACACGGUCCUGCUCCCAACCAACACUGGUGAUGUCACCCACAUGGUAGCACAGGCAUUGGGCAUCUACACCACACUGACCAAGACACAAGCUGUGAAGACUCGGGAUGAGCUACCUCCAGCCCAUGGGGAUCCUCAGCCCCCCAGCACAGAGAUGCUUAAGGCAGAGCAGGUGACCUCCAGCUAGUGGGGCUGAACAGACACUGGACACGCUGAUGGGACAGCACCCACCAGAAAGGGGAUACUUGUCCAGGGCCUGUGAGGCUGUGGGGAGCCCUGUUCUGCCAUCUUCCCCAGCCAGACGUUCUUCUUCUUCCCUUGGCCCUUAUUUUGUAUCUGAAUCUGAUCAUGUAAUAAAUAGUACCGUUGCUGCAGAA